AUGGAGGGAGAGAUUAAAGGUCUUUUCCUGCUCGUCUUUUGCUCCAUUCCACAGGCAACUUUAGCUGAUUCGGGGACCGCAACGUGUUACACUGAAUAUGUUCCCUCCGCGUGUUAUGGGUACGACAACCCGGGCGGCAUGAUAGCUGCGGCGAGCGAUGAACUUUGGGAAGGUGGGGCUGCUUGCGGCAGAACCUCCUUGGUAACGUGCACCGGCGCCACCAAUCUGGGCGAUCCUCACCCAUGCACCGGCGCGUCAGUGGUGGUGACGAUUGUCGACUAUUGCCCGUCGGGGUGUCGUGGCACCAUUGACCUCUCGCAGGAAGCUUUCGCAGCCAUAGCCCACCUAGAAGCCGGAAAAGCUCUCGUGAAGCUGAUCUCUGAAUACUUGAUAACACCAACAAGGAGGCCGCUUGUUGGUAAUUAUGAUGGAUUAAGAAUGGCUUGA